ACAGUCCAGUAGUUAACACUUAACAACCAGGUGGGGGGAGAGAAAGAGAGAGGGAGAGAGAAAGAGGGUUUUAGAGAGACAGAGAGGGUUUUAGAGGCAGACAGAGGGUUUUAUCAAGAGCAGCAAAGCCUCAGCAGUCAGCUAGGACUAAGUAAAUAUGGUGGUCUCAUUUCCGUUAUUCACAACAUCUCUGAGGAAGAUUUCUCCCCGGCAGAGCAAAUGGAGCUACUUCACUAAUUUCGUUAAUAAUCCAAAAAUGAAGACGAUUUGGAGUUAUGUUGGCUGGUACGGUGGAGCUUUCAUCAGCAUUGGUGGAGGGCUGGCUACUGCUGAUAGGCUCAUUAUUUAUUGGACCGGAGCAGCAACGGUCGACGAAAAGGUCGACAAAGUGAAGUUAGAUACCACUGCUAUUCUACAGGAGAUCCGUGGCCACCGAUCAGAGACCAUGAGCUCUUUGCAGUGGCUUCGUGCUUACCAUGAGCGCCUGGCUGCUGGAGCAGCGGCUGGAUCAGCAAAAGGAGCAGGGGCUGGAGCAGCUGCAGCUGGAGGAGGAGCACCAGAGCCUGGAUCAGCAGCGGCUAAGUGAUAUAUUUGAUCACUUCUUUUUGCUACAUUCCAUUACAUUUGGUUUGUACCAAAGUUUGGUUACCAGACAGGAGCAUUAUUCCUAAACUUCAUGACUUGCAAGUGAUUUCUAUGUUAUCUAAAUUGAAUCUAUUAGGUC